AUGCCUUUCGGGCUGUGUAACGGCCUCGCGACCUUUCAGAGAUUGAUGGAGUUAACGUUGGCUGGCUUACAUCGCCACACUUUUGAAGAACACUUAAAACGACCGAGAGAAGUGUUCCAAUGGUUUUUGGAGGCCGGGCUAAAACUCAAGCUUUCCAAGUACCAUAUAACACAACCCAGUCUUUCGUAUUUAGGUCACGUCAGUCAAGAUGGAAUCGGACCAGAUCCGACAAAACUUGGCCAGUCCCAGUUUGUUUGGAACAGUUGCAACGCUCAAGCGAAAGCUCACGUUAAAUUUGACCGACCCUUUAUUCUGGAUACAGACGCCAGUGAAUCCACCAUUGGCAGCGUCUUGUCGCAAGAGGGCGCGGAUGACGAACACGUUAUUGCGUUCGGAACACAUUUGCCACUAUCUGUAUGGACGCCGGGUGGUAGUGCGAAUCACCAGGCUUUCCAAUGGCUUCGCUUAUUUACGAAGCCCGAAGUACAAGUUGCGAGAUGGCUAGAGCUCCUGGAAGACUAUGAUAUAGAAGUCCACCACAGACCGAGAAAACAGCACAGCAACGCAGAUGCGCUAUUUCCCAUUCCGUCAGCGUCAGCCUUUGCCAUGGUGACUAGCACCACUGUUGGUGCCGUUGUAGACGAGAGUGCGAACACAACAGAUUUUCGGAAAAGUCGGAUGGACCGGAACUAUAGAAAACAACUACAGGAGAGCCAAGAGACAUAUGCCAGAACUAAACUGGUACUAGAAUGGGUUGCCUUGGGAAAGCGUCCGAAGUUGAAAGACAUAGUUGAGCUAACCCCAAACAUUCGCAUCAUUUGGGAGCAAUGGGACCGGCUAACUGUGCGAGAUGGAAUUUUGUAUCGACAAUGA